AUGAAGUUAUUGAAAUUAUUCACGCUUGCUAUUUUAGCAGUUGAAUCUAGUGCUUUAACCAUCUCUCAACCACCGGAGAUCACGGAGGCCCCAAAACUAGAAAAAAGGGCUAGAGUGAAGGAGAAGAUCUAUGGUAAGGAAUAUCAGAAGUUACAGGCUGAAAAAGAAGGAAAGGGUGAACAGACUACCACGGCAAUGCCUAAACCAUGGGCAAGAACGAUUACUUUAGCCAAAUCUACUAAGACAGUGCUUGUUAGGCCAACAGUUAUUGCUGGUGUUACAUUUAGUACCAAACCUCCAAAAACAACUAAUGGAUUAGAGCCUUGGGUCAGUUUGAACAAGGAUGGUUCUCCUAAAACCAUAAAACCACAACAUAAGGGUGGUCAAAUUAAGAAAGGAAAACCAGAUUAUGGAACGUGGUUUGGUACUGUAACCCAUAUUCCCAUGGGAAAAGAUGUGAUCAAAGCUGAAAACAUGGAGGAAGAUGAAAUUUACGACCACGAGGAAUAUUUUCCAGAGGACCCAUCCUAUCACGAAUUGAAUCCUAUAAUUCGUUGUACGCCUGAGAGAUACUUCAAAAAAGGGCAGGGUAAGGACCUUACAUCUGAGCCGUUCUGUACACCACAUGACAACCAGCAAUUGAAAAUGGACAAGACCUACUUUAUUACUUGGUUUACCAGAUAUUUCAAAGAAGCCAAGAAAGUCAGAGUUCAUUUAUCGUUACUUAAGGAAGCUGCCAGACAAAGGGGUAUGAAGCGUUCGGUUGAAGAAGAUGAAAUGGAAGUGGACCAGAACCUUAAUAAAAGAUCCUCUGUACUUGAAAAAGGGGCAACUAUUCAAGAAUCAUCCUUCUUCUCCUCCGAUUGGCUUGACGUAGAAGAAGGAAUGCUUCCGAUCACUAUCUUGGAAGAAUGGUUUGGAAAGAAAGAUUGGAACAGGAAGGUAUUAAUUUCUCUUCAACCAGAUUAUGCCGAUAAUGAAGACUUUGAUUACAUGAAAGAUUCUGUUGUAGUUGAGAUUGUCAAGGGUGCAGUGGUCAGUAAAGGGCAAUUCCAAGAUCUUAAAAAGUUGGAAGAAAAAUGGAAAAAUCAGGGCUUAGAGGUCGAAAUCGAAGACUCAUCUCCAUAUGAAAAAUACUACAUUAUGAUGGCUGUUCCAUCGUGUGUUUGUAUUUUUGGCUUGGGUAUGUAUAUCUUCGUCAUGAUCAACAAUAGAAGUCUUGAUUUAAGCCAUUUGAAGAAAAAACAGUUCGCUGGAAGAAAGACGACUCACAGAAGGAUCCCAUUCAAAAAGAAGAAGAACCAAUACACAGAAUUACCACAGUAUAAGAAUAAUGCUGGUACGAAGGCCGAUUAA